AUCAGUCACAGUUUCUGCAGUCCCACAUCAGGUCCCUGUUUGCUGAACUGCACCAGAUUCUCUUCGAUAAAGAACAACGCCUACUUAAAUAUCUCGGCGAUGAGAAGGAGAUGAUUCUAAAUACAAUGGAGAACAAUCUUCAAGAGAUUCAAGUGCGUUUGAAUCUUCUGCAGCAGGAACUCCCAAUUUUACCGAAACAACUGGCUCAAGUGAAUGGUGUGACAUUACUCCAGGAAGAAGCUGGUCGGAAGCGAAGGGUUGGAUGUGGGGAGCAUUCAUUGUCGGUAGCAGAAGGAGCUCUGCCGGUUGAAAAAUUCGAUCACCCGUUUUUGUUGAACGUACCUUUGAGAAAAAUGUUUGGCAUCAUUAAGCGAGAGUCUGUGACCUUGGACUUGGAAACAGCGUGUUGGAAACUCGAAGUGUCCGAGGAUCGGAAGAGCGUGAGGUGGACCGGGACCCAGAGGAGUCUCCCCAACAACGGGAAGAGGUUUACAGUCUGGCCUUGUGUGCUGGGAUCGGAGGGAUUCACCUCGGGGAGACAUUACUGGGAGGUGGAGGUGAAGGAGAACUGGGGCUGGUGUCUGGGAGUCGCCGCCGAGUCUCUGGCCAGGGAGGGAGAGAUCAGCCUGAGGCAGGUGACUGGUCUCUGGUCCGUGGAGCAAGUUGGCGACGAGUUUCGUGUGAACUCCUUGCCGAAAUCCCGUCUCCUCACCGAUCCCAUCCCAGAGAGGCUGGGAGUUUAUCUCAGUUACGAGGCAGGGACGGUCUCAUUUUACAGCGCGGACACCAAGUCCCAUCUCCACACCUUCAGUGGGAAUAAGUUCACCGGGAAACUGUACCCUUUCUUCUGGACUUGGGAUGAAAACCGGUGUCUGAGAAUCUGUUCCGGGUCCACUCUGGAUCUGUAAAUGUCUUUGGUCCCGGGUCCAAAGUCAGGAACAACUUCUAUUUCAAGGUUCCUUGUCACCUUAACAAUGAAUAUUUUUUGGGGGUCAAAUAUGGGGCAGAAACCCCAUUCACAACAGACCGACGCGAAACAAUUUACAUUUAACAACCAAAUCAUUAAUUGUAAAGCCACAAAGAACUUGGAAAUUGAACUGGUCAAAAGAAUGGCAUGCAAACGUAAUUGAUUUUGGGGAUGUGAAUGCAAUCAUUUUUAACUGUUUCUCCACCACCUCGAUCAACUCGGACUUGGAGUUAACUAUUUAGA